AUGGUUUCCAAAAAGAAAAGCUAUCAUACAAAACUGGAAAGUUUAGAAAAAGCAAGAAAAGCGAAAGCGAUGAAAAAUGAACAAGACGAAGUUGAACCAAAACCAUCGGGAAUUCCAUCUGGAAACGAAAACAAUCGGAAACUUGCAACUCGGCUUCCUGUUUCUAAAAAGAAAAUCAAUCAGGCAAGACUGAAAAAUUUAGAAAAAGCAAGAAGAGCAAAAGCGAUGAAAAAUGCAGAGUCUAUCGAAAAAAGGUUCGGAAUAAAUAGUUAUGUAUUUAUAUUUAAAAAUGUUUAAUUACAGAUAA